AUGUGGUGGAUUUGGUUCGUGCUCGCGUUGGCAGUAGUAGGGCUGUGGCAUUGCUGGAUUCUGCAGCGACAUCGAUUCGCUAGCCAUCUACCACAUAUGGAACCGUACUACCCGCUCAUCGGAAAUGGGCAGCUAUUUAUGGGGAAGUCACGUGUGCAACUGUUCAACGCGCUAAUGGAGCCGUUCGGGCGGUUUGAAGGAUGGUUCAAGAUCUGGCUCGGCCCGAAGUUGGUCCUGUGCACAUCGCAUCCUGACAUCAUGAACGCCGUGCUGACCCACUCGGAGUGCUUGGAAAAGCCGUUCUUCUACGACUUCGUGAAGCUCGAGCACGGAAUAUUCGCAGGCCAUUAUCAUCCGUGGAAAACACAACGUAAAGCGCUUAAUCCUGCAUUCAACACGCGUAUUCUGAACAGCUUUAUCCCCGUUUUCGUGGAGUGCUCCAAGCUGAUGGUGCAGAAUAUGGUGGAAGCCGUCUCGGCUGGUGGGAAAAUGGUACCCAUUUUCCCUUUCAUAAGCAAGUGCACCCUGGAGAUGGUUUGCGGAACGACAAUCGGGUGUGACGUGUUGGAGCAACCGGGAAAGGAAGCGUUCAUUGAAAAUGUGGAUCGUUGCUUUGAGUUGGUUGCGAAACGGAUGCUCAAUAUGCAUCAGUACUUGGACGUGCUGUACCGACUCACCAACGAUAGCAGCGAGGAGUCCCAACGGCGCUUAUUGUGCUAUAAGUUUUUCGAAUCAGUUAUCGAGAAGGCUAAGACACGGCAAGAGCCACUCGCUGACACUGAAGCCGAAGAGGAAGACUUCAAGAAACCACAAAUAUUCGCCGACCAACUGCUGUCCGUCACGCACAAUGGGAAACCCUUCAGUGACAUUGAGAUCACACACAACAUCUACUCAAUGAUAGCGGCGGGAAAUGACACCACCGCGUUGCAGAUCACGCACACCUGCCUGUUUCUCGCCAUGUUUCCGGACGUGCAGGAGCGAACCUACCGUGAGGUGAUGGAGGUGUUCCCAGAUCCUGAGCAGGACAUUGCCCUAGACGAUCUGAAACGGCUCACCUACAUGGAGCGUGUGAUCAAGGAGAGCCUACGGUUGGCGCCAUCUGGUCCGAACAUCGCGCGGCAGACGAUGCAGGACGUGGAAAUAGCGGGUCUGCGCAUCCCGAAGGACAGCCUGAUUGUGUUGAGCAUUUUCUCGAUGCAUCGCCGCACUGACGUUUGGGGCCCGGAUGCGGCUGCGUUUGAUCCGGACCGCUUUCUGCCGGAACGCAGCGUCGGGAGGAAUGCGAAUUGCUUUCUGCCAUUUAGUGCGGGCUCACGUAACUGUAUCGGGGCCCGUUACGCCAUGCUCGGUAUGAAGGUGAUGCUGGCGAGCAUACUGAGAAGGUUGCGCCUUCGAUCGCACCUGAAAAUGGCCGAUCUGCAGUUUCGCUUCGAUUUAACGUUGAAACUGGAGUCGGAUUAUCUCGUGCAUGUAGAGAAGCGAAUUUAG